GGCAGUACAGAAAAUAAAUUGCAGGUUUUUUUUCUUUACUACUUACUAAACAUGGCUGCGCCCUUGGUACUCAGACGGGAAUUAUUCUCUUUAGCUAAAAUAUUAGGUGGAAUUUCACAGUUGGGACCGAGAGGUUUGCGAGCUUGUUCCAAUUACAAGAAUUGCAGUCAAACUCGGUUCAAAUUGCUACAGAGACCCAACACUUUCUUCCACACAGCCGCAUAUUUAUCUUCAACUCGUUUUACAAUCACUGUCACAGACGAGCCCGACACUCUCUUCCAGAAGGUGGUUGUUCUGGUCAAGGCUCAUGACAGAGCUGUGCUGGACAGCUAUGAGUUCUUUGCCACGAUGGCAGCCAAAGAGCUGGGCAUCACUAUGGGCAAAGUUUUUGAGCCACCCAAGGAUAUAGAGAGACUGACGCUACUGAAGUCAGUGCACAUCUACAAGAAGCACAGGGUUCAGUAUGAGAUGAGGACACACUACCGUUGUAUUGAGCUACUGCAUGUUACAGGCUGCACAGCACAAGUGUACCUUGAAUACAUCCAGAGGAAUCUCCCGGAGGGUGUAGCCAUGGAGGUGACAAAGACUGCUGUGGAGAAGAUUCCAGAUCAUAUUCUUGAACCCAUGUGGAAAGAUCAACCUAUUGAUGACAAACCCAGUAAAUAGGUCAUCUAAUGCAUUUUCUUUACUGGAAAAAGUGUACCCGUUUGUACACAGGUAAACAUAGCAGAUUACUGAACUUUACCUUCCUAUUUUGUAUCCACUUAUUAAUGUGUUAAACACGUUAUGUUCAGUUCAUUUUUGUGUGUAAACAUUCAUUUCUAAGUAAAAUUUUGAAUCAAAUCUUA